AUGACGCAAGGCGCAAUCAAAAAACCAUCCAAGAAAUCCACCUCCUCCUCCUCUUCUCAGCACGGUCCAAAGCGAGGUGCUCGAGUGAUCGCUCCAAAGAAAGCGACCCUGAUCAAGAAGCACAAGAUGAAUAAGAAACUCUCCGCCGGCCUAAUCGAAAAGACGGAACGCACCCUCGCCGAACGAGCAGGACACCUUGAGAUGCUCGCCAACGAGAGGAAGGAGAAGCAAAAAGGAGAAAUUGAGGAAAUGGGAGCGAGAGCAUCAGAAGAAGAAGAGUGGGGCGUGAUCUGUUCAUUCAUUGAUUGGUUGGAAAUAAGAGAAUGA